GCCUCCACCGCUGUGUGACGUCACACGUAAACAUCAGCAGCACCCAUGGCCUGCAGGUCACCCUGUCAGCUGAUGAGCCAUGUAUCAGGUUAAAAACCGCAUGAGAUACAGCCCGCUGGGCAUCGCCGCUGCCAGGCUGCUGUCCUCCGGUCCCGCCGUGAACCCGGUCGUGUUUCUGGACAUCGAGGCCGACAAAGAGCCUCUUGGAAGAAUAAUCAUCGAGUUGAAUGCAGAUAAAGUGCCAAAAACUGCAGAAAACUUCAGAGCACUGUGUACUGGGGAGCAUGGCUUUGGAUAUAAAGGAUGUGUGUUUCACAGGGUCAUACCUGAGUUCAUGUGUCAGGGGGGAGAUAUCACCAAACACAACGGAACAGGAGGGAAGUCUAUAUAUGGCAAAACCUUCAAAGAUGAAAACUUUAAAUUAAAACACACUGGAGCAGGAACCCUUUCAAUGGCUAAUUCAGGGCCAAACACCAACGGCUCGCAGUUCUUUAUCAGCACGACUAAGACCGAAUGGCUUGAUGGUAAACACGUGGUGUUUGGGCAGGUGAAAGAAGGGAUGGACAUUGUCACCAAGAUGGAAUCCUUUGGUUUACACGACGGCGGUGUGAUCAAGAAAAUUGUCAUAACUGACUGCGGGGAAAUCAAAUAACACCUAAACUCACACAUGGACUUCUGUUGGGUGACUCAGUAUGCAACUAUUUAAUAUUUACUUUGACUUUCCUCAUGUGCUCAUUACGCUUUCAAGGAGGAACUGUCGCAGGUGAUUCUGUUCCUCACUAAAAUCUGAUGUUUUUACUGUUUUAUGAUGUUAAAAGAUCCAUUGAUUUAUUUCAUGCACAAAAUCAGGUAUAAAAUUAUUAUAUCUUGUGUUUGCUUAUAAAUAACACUAAUUUAAAGACUGAGAACUACACAAAGACAUUUUUACCUCAGUUGUUACAGAUCUCUUGUUUCUCUAACUUUUUACUUGACCCAUCCACUUUGUGUACACACUCAAGGUCAUCCACUAUGUAAAACUUUCUUAUUGUGCAAUUAUUCUCCAUUUACUGCCAAAUAAAUGACCAUUUUCAGAUUUUA